AUGCAAAAGAAUGACCGGUCCGGGGACGACAACCAGAGGGACAGUGUGUCUGACGAUUCAUCAGAUUCCCCGGAGCCAGGGCCGGUCACAUGCAUGGAGCCCUUCCUGGUGCGGAGACUGUCCUGCCGAACUGUCCAGCUGCCCCCGCUGGCCUUCAGACAGGCAGAACAGUACUACUGUGAUCGCAGACCGGAGACAGACACAGUCACAGUGCCGCCACGCCCAACCACACUGCCAUUACGCACCCCUCCGCUCAUCGCCAUCACCUCGGCUGACACAACCAGGCACGGCCAACUGGGAGGAGGACCCGGGGUAGACCCAGAACUCGCUGGAGGGAUUACAUCUCCAAUCUGGCCUGGGAACGCCUUGAGAUCCACAUUCCAAUAA